AUGAACAGAAUUAGUAAAACUCGUGAUUUAAUGGCUCUUUGCCGUGGUUUAGCCACCGAAAGCGAGGAAAGACAAAUGGACAAUUUGAUUGAGUCACUCGCUCGAAUUACCUAUGGCAGUGGACAGCGACUACCGGAAAUUGAUAAAUAUGAAACGGCUAUUGUAACGAUCGAAGAUGGCUCGGCGUGGAAAGCGAUCGGAUACAUCGACAGUAUCAAUAACGAGAUGGAAUCUCAAUCAACUACAUCGACAGAAGGAAGUCUAGUGAAGGUAGAAAUGAUGGAGUUGGAUGCUGGCAAGACUGCGGCCUGUGAAAUCCAGGAAGAAUUGCUUGAUUUUGAUGGAACAGAGAAGAUGCCGGUGAUGAUGGAACCAAGAGAUAGGAAUAUACUGUCUGCUGGCCGGGGGAUGCGCAAGGGAAAUCGUGUUAGGGAGUGGUCAUUUACAAAGAGUGACUUUCACGACGAGAACAGAAGGUCAAGAAAGUUAAGUACCAAGAGAAGACUGAGAGAAGAACCAUCAAUGCACUUCUUGAGAAGCUCCAAGAGUGUGUUUAAUCAAAAUCGCCCUGUUUAUCAGAGAUCAUGGCGGGAGGAAACCCUGAGAAAGGUUAAGAGUGUGUAA